AAAAAGGAGGAGCGAUCAUGUCAGUUUGUUUGGAAAGCCGUUAUCCACAAUUUGAUACACAGAGUCCUCGUGAAGCAGCAGCUCAUCGCGCGCGGAGCGCCAGUGUGGGUGUUUCAUGACGCGCGCGCGUCAAUUACAGGUGUCCAUUAACCAUCGCGCGCAUCACGACCCUCGAGGAAUUACGCGGAACACCAAACGCUUUCUGUUCAUCCAGGUAAACAUUAGUCAAGACACUCAAGAACACACUCAUUUAGAGUCUGCUUAUACCAUCAUGUGCCACUGACAACUACUGCAACUUUAUUUGGACGGAGUCACGUCCCGUCUAUUGAAAUGGUGUCACGCGUCUGAAAAUGAACUCAUCGUGACUGGAAGACGCUUGACAUCGUGACUGCUGAUGUCCUCUGGAGAUCUAAAGAGCCCUGAUCUGCUCAGCGGAGGAUCACAACACAGGAGGAGACCUAGGCACUGUGAGACGUUAGCAUUCCCUCAUCGCACCAGCUGUCAGGAAAAGAGCAUCUGCAGAUAUUCAUCUUAUUGUGAAAGAGUCCCUGGCGGACCUUUGGGAAGUGCCUCUUCAGUUUCACUUUUGCAAUAUAUUGGACAUUUUGUGCAAUCAGGUCACUUUAAUUACCUCUGGUUGGUGGGAAAGUUUAAAAAAAAUUAGCUUUGGAGAGACUCUUAAUGGUUUUAUAUGGCAAGAUUCAUAGAAAUAUGAUAGCUAUGGUCUGUUCAUUUGCUCUGAGACUUGGUGCAUGAACUCAACGUAAAUCAGCAGGAUUCCUGUAGACUUUAAACUUCCAACUGGAUCCUGGAGGGCCCAAACUUUAUCAAGGUGGUCAUCAUGGUGAUGUCGCAGGGCACCUACACAUUUUUGGCAUGCUUUGCCGGCUUCUGGCUGAUCUGGGCUCUCAUUGUCAUGCUUUGCUGCUUUUGCAGCUUUGCCCAGCGUAAGCUAAAGCGCAGGCGCGAAGAGAGGCUGAGGGAGCAGUGCCUGCGGGCAUUGGAGAUGGAGCCUCUGGAGUGCACCAGUGGAGGAUAUCCUCCCAGAGAGCCCCCUCAGUUCUGCCCACCACUUCAAAUGUUGUCUCCUCAGCUGCCUGUAACACACACUCUUCCUCAGGCAAACUGGACCGUCCCUGAAGCAGACACAGAUGUCUUUGGAAAACCUCCUUGCUAUGAAGAGGCUGUAUUGAUGGAGGACCCACCACCACCUUACAGUGAGGUUCUGGCUGACCCCAGAGGAGGAACUUAUACCAAACCUGCAUCAAGUUCCUCAAGGGAGCACCAGGAAUCUGAGACCAGCAAGAUGGCUCCUGUGACCGUAUUUCCAGAAUGUGGCUACUCUUCCCUCAUACGUCUACCUUCAGCCAGACGCUGGGACUCUCUGGGGCACCUCCUGUCCAACAUGGACCUCAAUCACAACAACCUGCCGGUCGAGCCACAGGCCUCUGCAAUUGCUACCAUGCCUCGCGAGGGCCGGACUCACACAGACAUAGGUUUGCGGGGGCUCCAAAGUCUGGAUCAACACUAUGGGUUGCCCACCGCUUUUCCCCUUUUGGGUCGAAGCACAGCAGUAUGAGCCCACAAAAAUAGACCUACUGACCACUUUCUAAAAUGAACGCGCUGGAUGCUGAGUCAUAUGUGGUCAGAAAUGUCUGCCAGAGGCAUUUUUGGGAGCAGAAUCAGUUCAGGAUGAUUCAGCUUUGUUCAGGGGUUCAUUUGCGGAUCCAUCAUCCUUGCUUUUCUCUCCGUCCUCCUUGUUGCUCUCUGUGGCAUCUCCGCCUGAUGCAGAGCAGCAGCUAUUAUGUGAAUGCUGUUGCCAUGGCUCCCGGGAGCUGUCUGCAGCCCACCAACGCCUCGCCCCUCACAUCCUCUCUUCUUCCUUUCUCAUCUGUGGCUCACUGAUAUAAUACAAAUGACAUUUCAAACCCUGUCUUUGUGAAACAGGGUAAAACACAGAAGUGCGACACAGAGAAAUGACAGUGAUUGGUCCGUACUGUAGCAACACAAUGCUGCUCAGCUGUACAAAAAUGUCAUUUUACAUUCUGGAAAACAAUACCUGGCAUAGCUUUCUGGAUUUUGUUCCAGUUUCUUUCUUGGGAAGAAGUAUGAACUUUGGGGGUGGCAAAGCUUCAAAGCAAACACAAUUUUUCCUAAAAAGGAAGUUGCCUGAAGAUUACAUUUUUUUCAAACAUGACCAUAGUGUUCGAUGGAGAAAGAUGUCUCAACUUUUAAUACAUUAGAGAUGAUGCGGGUACACUGAAGAACUGCCUUUAAAGGUGCUUUCACACUUUUAGCACUUUUGGUCCGCACCCAGGUUCGUUUGACGUCAGAGUUCAGUAUGUUUAUCUAGUGUAAACAAUGUCUUCUGAACUCGGGUGCGCACCCGAGAACCAUACCUGAGUCCGCCUGAAAGAGGUGAUCUGGGGUAUUGUUUGCGCAAACUAUGGUCCGGUUAACUUCUUAUAUGACUGCAAUCGUAUCAAAUAAUGGAAGUGAACCGCCAAAUGUAAAACAAACAGACAUUUUGUUUUUGGAAAUGAAAAUUGCGUUGAUGUCAGAACCCAACAUCAAGCCAACGCCAACGUCCAACAUCUGAUGAUGUUACAGCUUGAAGUUGUGUGAAUGUUACCACUAUGACAUCUAUUAGAUGUUUGAUUUUGUUUGCCAUACCUGCCGACUAAGUCAGUAUUUAACGUCAACAUGAUGUUGGUUUAAUAAGUUGGCUCGACAUUGGAUAUUGGUCACUUUCCAAGACAACCUAAAAUCAACAAAACAUCAACGUCAUUUUACAUCAUCAUUGGAUGUCAAAAUAACAUUCCAGAUUGAUGGUCCAUCUGAAAGAGGUGGUCUGGGCUAUUGUUUGCGCAAACUCUGGUCCGGUUAACUUCUGAUAUGAAUGCAAUCGUACCAAACAAUGCAGGUGACAUUAAAACAAGUAUUAAAUGAAGUAACUUUAAAACAAACUUUAGUUUUUAUAACGUUCAAUCAUGUGUGUAUGUCUGUGUUUCACGAACUGUACCUUGGUGACUAGCGGGACUGAACCAGGGCAAACACAAUGAUAAUGUCUGCUUGUCUCCUCCAAAAAUGUCUUCUGCAGACAUCACAUUAUGUUCUGAAUGUAUUUGAUAUUUUUUAGCAGAUAGACGAAAGCGGCUCUCUGUAAGUUAGCAAAACCAAAACAUUUAAUAAAACAAAACGACUGUGAUGUUUCCAUUUUGGCGCCUUUGCUUACAUGGAUGUAAUCAAGCAACAGCUGUACACACAACAGCAGCUUGAUGACGCAACCGCACUGGGGUUCAGAAGGAAAAAAGACAAUGUGAACACAAACCAGCCGAGAAGGUGGCAAGGGGGGGACAUUCGAACUUGGGUUCGGACCAGGCAAUCGACCCAAGUGUGAAAGCACCCUAAAGGAUCACUCUACUUAUUUGAAAAUAGGCUUGUUUUACAACUACCUUAGAGAUAAACAGUUCACUUUUACUAUUUUUGAAUCUUGUGAGAGCCUUUUAGGUUAGCUUAGCAUAAAUAGUUGAAUCAGACUAGACCA